GAUGCGAAGCAGCAGCUUAGGGCCAGCUCAGGUUUCCUGGAGGUUUGCUAUAUUUAUCUCUGUGAUUUAAUGCCAGCACGGGGUUUAAAUGCCACCAAGCAGUUGGUGCGAGGAGCUGGGGUUUCACUCCUCAACACAGGCUUCUCCUCGCCAGACGCUUACUAUGGAACUCCUGGAGACCAACCCGUAUUUUUUCACCGAACAGCGAUUUUAUGAUGGGGAAAACUACCUGAGCCCUCGCUUACACGGCUAUGAGCAGACAGCCUACCAAGACCGAGCAGCCAUGGCACUGUGUCCUGAGGGAAGGGCUGCUCUGGAAGAGAAGGCCUCAGCCCUCCCAGACCACAGUCCCGGCCAGUGCCUGCCGUGGGCGUGCAAAGUAUGCAAGCGGAAGAGUGUCUCCAUUGACAGGCGCCGUGCCGCUACCCUGAGGGAAAAGCGCCGGCUGAAAAAGGUCAACGAGGCCUUUGAAGCUCUGAAGCGGAGCACUUUGCUGAACCCCAACCAGCGGCUGCCCAAGGUGGAGAUCCUGCGCAGUGCCAUUCAAUAUAUCGAACGCUUGCAAGCGCUGCUGAGUACCCUCAAUCAGCAGGAACGGGACCAGCGGGAACUGCGCUACUGUAGCAACAGCACCCAAUCCGGGGUAUCCAGUGACCAUGGAUCAAGCAGCACUUCAUGUAGCCCAGACUGGAGCACCCAGCUUGAGUUCAGCACUCAUCCUGGAGAUCAUUUGCUGAGUGAUGAUUCGUCCGAAGACCGCAAUCUUCAUUCACUGUCUUCAAUUGUGGACAGUAUUGUUGUGGAAGAUGUAGCUGUUGCGUUCCAAGAGGAGAGGUCUCAGAACUGAGGUUACAGGAAAACAUGCCCAUCUUGCUCACUCAUUUAAACGAAAGUCACCAGCAGCAGAUUGUAGAGUAGAAGAAACAUGACACUAGGACUUUACAAAUGGGACAAGC